UACUUGUGCCACCGUGUUUACUUGGGGUGUCAUUUAGAAAGAAGGGGGGGUCGGGGGCGUGGCUCGUGAUAUAAUAAUUAAAAUAAAAGUAGGGUGCGAAAGGGUCAUGUUCCAUUCAUAUUGAGUGAAAAGAGGAGAAAGAAGCGGAGCAAAUAAGAGCUUUUAGCGCCUUUUGCUGCUAGUGUGAAUCGUGAGUACAUUGCCCCCUCCCCUCCUCUCUUUCCGCCCCGGACGUGCGCGUACUCGUCUGCUGGCGUGCGCGUGUGUUUACAAGUGAGUUUGAACGAGUGCCAGCAGCGAGGCAAUCGGGAGGCAUGGUGGACAACUCCAGCAGUAGUAAGGCGCAAAUGCCCAGCAUGUCUCAGGAGCCCGGUGUAGCCUUUCCUCAGAACACCUCCACAGGGGGGAUGAAGCUGGAAGCGGUGAUGGAGCAACUUCAGCGCCAGCAGCAAGCCCGGUUGGAGAUGGAGCGCAAGGAGAGGAAGCUGCGUGAGGCCCACAUCAUGUACGCUCAGCAGCUGGCCGCUCAGCAGGCCAUCCUGGCAGCGGCCCGGACGCCGGGGCCCAACUUCAUGGGCAAGGGCCUGGCCGGAGUGGUGCCGCCUCCGCCUCCGCCACCGCCCCGCGUGACCAAUCAGAGCAGCGUAGACUCUGAGAAAGAGGACGAUGAGGACCGGGGCCGCGACUCGGCCGAGGAGGACGACGACGACAAUGAGAUGAUGGAUGGCGAUGAGCGUAGCGACGAGGACGGCGAGAGCGGAGGCGGUGCCGGCGGCCUUGAAUUCCUCCGUAAGCAGACGCUGGCGCUGCAGCAGAGCGCCGCCCGCAUGCCGCCCGCCCGACCUUACGGCAGCUUUGCGGCGUCGGCCCCGCAGAGGGCGCCGUCCCCGCCCGUCCGGGUCAAGCAGGAGCCCGAUGAGGACUUGUCGCCGGCGGGCGCUCACCCGGCAGCCUCCCCCAACGGCCAGUCCGACUGGAGCUUCGACGAGCACUUCAGACAGAACGGAAGCGCAAGCUGGGCGGACGAGGCGGACAGUAGCAGAGGACGAGGAGAAGCCUCCAGAGACUUUGCCAAGUUGUACGAGCUGGAUAACGACCCCAAAAGGAAGGAGUUCUUGGAUGAUCUCUUUACCUUCAUGCAGAAAAGAGGCACGCCGGUCAACCGUAUUCCCAUCAUGGCCAAGCAAGUGCUGGAUCUGUACAUGCUCUACAAACUGGUGACGGAGAAGGGAGGCCUGGUGGAGGUCAUCAACAAGAAGAUCUGGAGGGAGAUCACCAAGGGACUCAACUUGCCCACCUCCAUCACCAGCGCCGCAUUUACCCUGCGCACACAGUACAUGAAGUAUUUGUACCCGUACGAGUGCGAGCGUAAGGGCCUUAGCUCCCCGGGCGAGCUCCAGGCCGCCAUCGACAGCAACCGGCGCGAGGGCCGCCGCCCCAGCUACAGCAGCAGCCUCUUUCGCUUCUCGCCGUCGCCCAGCACCGCCCCUCACAUCCUCUCGCCUCCCAAGAUGCACCUCUCGGCCAUCGGGGCCGGCACCUCCGCGGCCCUCAACGGCCUGCAGUGUUCGCCGGGCUCAGUUCUGAAAAAAGAUGACCUGACUCCUUCCAUGAUGGCGGCCAGGCCUUCCAUGGCCCUGGCGCUGGGGCAGCAACAGGUGGCGGGCCUGGCACGCGCCGCCACGCUGGAGCAGCUCCGAGAAAAGCUGGAGACCACCGGGGGCGGCGUGGGAGAGGGCCCCGAAAGGAAGAUGGCGCGGCUGGCUGAAGAGCAGCAGCGUCUCAUGCAGCAAGCUUUUCAGCACAACCUGCUGGCCAUGGCCUCGCAGAUGCCCAUGAACCUGCGCCUCGGGGCCCCCGCCAUCACCCAUAGAGAGAAGCAGCAGGACAUGUCUCUGAGCAUCUCCACCAAUGGCAACGCCAGCAUCACUGUUUCUGUGGAGGUCAACGGCACAAUGUACUCAGGAACGCUCUUUGCGCAGAAGGCCGGAGGCUUGCUGGGGCCGUCAGUGUCGGCCGCCGCGGCCUCCACCAGCGCCGGCUUUGGCUACCCCGCACCCCCGAGACAGACCCUCAGCCCCACGUCCUCCUCCUCCUCCUCCAAGGGCCCCAGUUCGUCCGAGCCGGCCCCCAACGGGUCACCCUAACCGGUCCCUUAGUGAAGGGCGCCCAACAACGCGCCCUCGCUCGCCCACAUCCCGGCCCAGCAUGAAUAUUCUGUCCCGUGAGAAAGUUUAUAGACUGUUGCACAACAAAUACCUCAUAAAGCCUGUCCACCUCUUGGCUGUCCAAUCGUGAACACAAAAGCCCGAGAAUAAAACAUGACAACACAGCUAUGCAUUUCACACAGACACACACACACAUUCACACGCAGACACACACACACAUGAAGUCACACGCAAACUCAUGCUAGACACAAUCAGCGCAGCCAAAAACCCACUGACAGGUGACGCUACAACUGAACUUGAAUUUUUAUUUUUUUUAUUUUUUUUGCCAUUUUGUCAUCUUUAUUUUUGAUUUUGUGUUUUUAGAAUGAUUUUUGUUGUUGUUGUUGCUCUUUUUACAUACCUCAAAUCACCCAAGCUGCAGUGGUGUCUUUUUACCUCAGGAGCUUUACCGCAUUUAACCUCAAUUAUUUUCUAUGCUGUUUUUUUUUUCUCUCUCUCUCUUGGAGUAAGGUAUUUUUUUCUCGAGCGAAUAAUGGGACGCUGUAGAUCAGCACGGGUCAUUUAAAGGAAAAAAAAAAAAUACCUCACGGUCUUUCACGUUGAUGGGUGUGAGGGCUCACGCCGGAAAUGUGCGACAGAUGGAACGCUAACUCCCCAAUGUUGGACCAUCCUCAAAAUAGAAAAUGGCGUCCCUCUCUCAGGAAGUUGUGGAAAGGAAUCUAACAUGCUCCCCUAGACCUCGACAGAACUUGAAAAAAUACCUCAUGAGACUCUUUGAAGAGAGCCACACUGCAUAUACCUCAUAGGGCGGCCAUAAUGGAAGAAGCUGCUGCCCGCCCCCUCCCCCCCAGAAGUGUGAAAAGACAGACAAAAUGGCUGCUGCUUCUGCUGCUGUUUUUUUUUUUUUUUACAACACACACACCUCAUUACUCUUUUUUUUAAAUUUCAGUUGUAUCACUUUUUGAGGGUGGGGGGGGGCUUUUCCACGAUUAGACCUUGGCUAGGAAUGUGGUUAAGGGGGGGUUUCUUCAAUGCAUGCGUACAAUCACAUGAACUUGAAAUGAUUUUUAGCCUCUCUUUGUUGUUGCACAGCUACUAGAUACCAAAAAAAAAAAACACGGUCGCCGUUGGUUCUUAAUCUAACGUAAAAUGCUUACGUAGAUGCUUUACUUGAUUAUUUUCCCCCCCUCUCAACACAGUGAGGGCUCGGCUAUUGCCUGUGUAGAAAUGGAGAAAAAAAAGCGACCAAUAUGCAUAACAUAACGACAAAAUGGCCGCAUCAGAUUUGUAGCCAAACAUCAGUGUAGCUAGCAUCUGGUGUGCUGGAGAAAAUAACCGUGGGAUAAUUGCUUUCAACCGAAACGACGGGAGAAAGUGCAUUUCCGUAAACACGCUUUUCACUUAACAUUACGACGUCCCCUCAAUCUGCGUCGGUCGUUACGGAAUCCAAUGAGGUCAGGAAAGGGAAAAGAUGGAAACAUUUUAUGGAACAUAGGAGGGGAAACAAGUUUGAACUAUUGAAUACACGCUUCAGUUACGAGUCAAUUAUCUGGCCUGACUUCUUGGAGGUCCAAGCAUAUUUUGGGGUGAGGGGGCAGUGCCCCCAUCCCUCCCCUCUAGCUCCGCCAGUGUCUGAACCUCGGUGGACAUUCGAGUUGACUUUGUCCAACGUGGAACAAUUACAGCUCUAAUGUAAAAGGAGCUACAGACUGUAUUGAGUGCUUUAUGACAUGCCGUUUGAGCAUUUAUUCCUUUUCCUGUUCCAUUGUCUUAUUAGUGAGGAAGCGUACCUUAAGCUAAUUGCUCAUUAAGUGCAGGAUUCGGAAUUCUCCAAGUUUCCACAUUGAUAAUGCCCCACUGUGUCCUGCAGAGGGCAGCAUUUUCCAACAGAGACUUUGUGUAUUGUACUACUAGUGACCAUUGGCUAGACGCUGCCUUAAUUCUCAAGUCUGUAUCAAAUGAAUCUUUUUUUAUACAACACGCAGACGUUACAUGAGUUUGCUAUUUAUUUUUUUAAUUUUGUCUAACAAGUGAAUCUCAUAGGAACCACCCUUUUCGGCCUAAAAAUAUGUUCAGCGAGGUAUGGUAUGUAACAUACAUUAGCAUCUUCAGAUUUCAUGUGGUUCCACUUUGGUUAGCAGAAAGCACCCGGUUUGCCGACAAUCCUCCAAACAGUUGCUAUAGACAUCUUUUAUCCCGUUUUCUGCAAUUUUAACCCAAAAAACUUCCCAUUGGCUCACUUUCUGCAUGCUAAUGUAAACAUAAGGUUAGCAUAAGUAAUGCUGGUACAUGUCCUCUUUGCCGAUGCUACAAAAACACCCCCUUUUCUAUGUCUUGGGAUUUAGACUAACAAUUUUUCCUGCUCGAUGACUAUCUGGGUGCAAAUGUGCUGGCCUAAGUCCAGUUUGCUGACAAUCUCCCACAAACCCACGAGAAUCUCCCUGACCUUUGGGGAUUUUAACAAUCAGCUGCUCCUGUUAGCUGACUUUAAGUGUGCUAAUGUUUAAGUUAUAUUUGUUAGCGCUGGUGUACAUCCAAUUUGCUGACAAUCUUACAAAAGACGACUAGUGGGACCUAGUGUUAUCAAAAACGGGUGUGUGAACAAGUUCUGAUAAAUACCUCUGCCUCAUUACUAAUUACUGCUAAAGUAUGUGGACAAUCUUCUAAAACACUUCUAGCGUCUCUUGUACUUUAUCUAAAAUAUGAACUUGCAACCCUUCCCAGUAGUGACUUGCUAAUGUAUAAAUGACAAAGGCACAAGUGACGCCACUUUACGCUUUUCAUGCCUCGUCUGACUCCGCAAUACCAAAAAGAAAACACGCAAGGCUUUGUCAACCCUUAGCAAAUGCAAAUAUUGUAAUAUUUCUGAGGUCAUAUAAAAUGUGGUUUUUAAAAAAAUGUACCCCCUAACCACCUCCUUCACAACACAAUACCUCAAUGUGGCUAGCUAGCUAGCUAAACACAAAAGGUAAACAUCAAAGAAAGAAGCAGCUCCAUCACUUGGCUGAAUGCUACGUAAGAUUUGUGCUGUUGCAUUUUCCGAGUUUUGUUUAUUUUUGUCGUCAGUAACGCAGUCGAGUUCUGCGCGCAUAUGAAAGAAAAAAAAGAUAAGUAGGGCGAGUUAAUUGAGCUUUAAGAUUGUUUAAGGACUAACCUGAUCUUUGUUUAAAAAAUAAAAACAACAAAAAAUAUAUUAAAUGGAGAAAGAAAAAAAAGCAGGCGCAUUAUGCAAAAAUGGUUAUCAAAUACCUCAUUUAUCAAUUUUCUUUGAUGUCGUCUUUGGCUUGUACAAUGCUCCGUAUAUUCAUUCAACUGUGGGGUUUGUGCAUAUUUUUGUACUGUUAUUAUUACACGGACAUGAUGAUGAUGAUGAUGAUAUGACUUCUAUAUAUAAAUAUAUUAUAGUUUUUUUCUCUUUGAUUCAAACAACAACAAGGAAAAAAGAAGAACGUGGACAAAACGGUGGUGAAUGCUUGUUAAAACGUUUGUUUUUUGUGCUGAUUGUAUUUAAGAGGAGCACUUUUUGGCAAAGUGGUUUUCACACAUUCACUUUUGUUCAUAUGAUUAGUAAUAUAAAGACGUGGUUCUCAGGGCUUUAAACUUGUAUGUCAUGAUAAAGUUUUACUUUAUAUCUUA